AUGGCAUCCAUCAGAGUCCCUCCUGGAAUUCGACUGUUUGACAAGAUUGCUGAUUUCCGUGCAUGGCGUCGUCAAAUCUUAUUGAAUGGGCAGUCGUUGGGCUAUGUCCCUACUAUGGGGGCACUUCACCAAGGUCACCUUGCACUCGUUACUGCUGCCAAGCAACAAUGUGAUCAAGUAGCCCUUACAAUCUUUGUCAACCCUGCUCAAUUUGCACCCACUGAAGACCUAUCAUCCUAUCCACGUACGUUGCAAAGCGAUUUGGACAAGCUGGCUAUCACGGCUCCUCAAGCAGCUGUAUUGGUUCCUCAAGUAGCAGAAAUGUAUCCUGGUGGUAUCGAGUUGGAUGUCAACAAACAAAAGGGUGCAUUUGUCGAAGUCAAAGGCUUAUCACAUCAACUUGAAGGCAUCACUCGUCCUCACUUUUUCCGUGGUGUUGCUACCGUUGUGACCAAGUUCCUCAAUAUUGUUCAACCUGAUCAUGUUUAUUUUGGACAAAAGGAUGUUCAACAAUGCAUGGUGCUUCGUCGCAUGAUCCGUGACCUCCACUUUGGUAUCAAGAUGAACGUGUGUCCUACUGUGCGUGAGCAAGAUGGUUUGGCCAUGUCUUCAAGAAACGUUUACCUAUCACCUUCUCAACGACAACAUGCCCUUGUCUUGUACCGCGCAUUGAUGCUCAUGCAAAACAUGUAUAACAAUACCACCAAGCACGCACCCACAAUUGUAGCAGCAGCAACCGAUUACAUCAACAAGGCGGCACAACAAGUUGCUGAUAGCGGCGAAGAUUGGGAAAUGAAACUCGAUUACAUUAGCAUCAAUGCUCCUGACGACUUGAGCGAAAUCACUGGUGAUAUCAAUAAUGGCUGCAUCAUUAGUGGCGCUGUUUUUGUCGGCAAGACUCGACUCAUUGACAACCUCAUCAUUGACGUAGACUUUUAA